AUGGGUGACUCUGUCGACAGCAAGCUCGAUUUGAGCAUUAUAAAACCCUCAUUCACAUCCUCCUCCGAGCCUGAGAACCCCCGGUCCAGGUCUCUUAUCGAAGCACUCUCACUGGAGCUUCAUAUAGAAGGCGGCUACUUUCGCCAAACAGAUGCGAAUCCCACAACUAUCCCAUCGACAUACUCAUCCAAUGCUCUCUCGGAUGAAACGGUUGAACUCUCUGGUGGUACCCGUAAGGGAUAUAGUACCAAUACACGCCGGCUCUCAACCACAAUCUUCUAUCUCCUGACACCACGUCAGUCCAAAGGAAACUUCCACCGCAACCGCAGUCGUGUUAUUCACACUCUGCAUCGUGGAAGGGGUCGCUAUGUUCUCAUCCAUCCUGACGGUCGGAUUGAGUCCUUCAUCGUCGGUAAUGCAGUUGAGAAAGGUGAGCGCUUGCAAUGGAUUGUCGAGGGUGACGUUUGGAAGGCAAGCUAUUUGUUUCCUGCCGCACAAACCUCGACUCAUGAGGCGGAUGAGCAAGAGACCGACGGUCUUCUCAUCUCAGAAAUUGUGGUCCCGGGUUUUGAGUAUGAGGACCACGAGUUCUUAACACGACAAGGCAUCAGUGACUUGCUCAAGGAAGAUCAGGUCCGCGAGCUAGAUUGGCUCGUGAGAGACUCUGAGUAA